CAUCGACUUGCAUUAGAACCGGUUCGUUUUGUGGAGGGCGACACAAGAUCCGAAUCUCGAACGUGGGACUGGCCUGUGAGCAGCUUCAGACGAAGUGCACUUCUUUCUCCUCUUCCUUGUUCUCAAAUUUCCUAAUUUCAAAUCUCUAUCUUCUAAAACCCUAAUAAAUUUCAUCAACUUCACAUCCUCCUUCCAAUUAUCCGCCCAAUUAGCGAAAUUGUGUAGUUCCUGGAGUUCUCUUUGUUAGGUAUUUUCCUGAACUAUUGAAAGCAGCAGGUGGGGGGAACCGUCGAGUGGCAAAAUGUUGGGCGGAUUGUACGGAGACCUCCCUCCUCCCUCGUCGGCAGAGGAGGAUAAAUCCACCACCAAUUCCUCCACCGUCUGGUCGAGCAGCACCUUGAUGGCGCCGCCGACCCUUCGCAAACCUUCUGCAGCCUUAGCGACGCCGCAAGCCAUCCUAAAGUCCCAAAACAAGACGAAAGCCCAAAAUUCUGCACCCAAAACCAUAACUUCCCCAGCGGUGGCGCCGGUUCCCACUGUGCUGCCGGAAGAGCCUGCACAACCGGCGCUCGUGGGGGUUACUUCUGUGGUCAUCGAGGAGUAUGACCCAGCGAGACCGAAUGAUUAUGAAGAAUAUAGGAGAGAGAAGAAGAGGAAAGCAUUGGAGGCCGAGAGAAUGAGGGAACUUGAGAGGAGGAGGCAAGAGGAGGAGGAGAGAGAAAGGAGGGAGAGGGAAGAAAGGGACAGGGAAAGAGAGAAGGACAGGAAUAUUUCAGGGGAAGAAGCUUGGCGAAGGCGCGCGGCCAUGAGCGGUGCUGUCCCAAGGUCACCAUCACCACCUAGUAACGGUGAUAGAUUUACCAUUGGGAAGUCGGAAACUGCUGGAUUGGGGGUUGGUGCAGGUGGACAAAUGACUGCUGCACAGAGGAUGAUGGCAAAGAUGGGUUGGAAGGAGGGACAAGGCCUUGGGAAACAGGAGCAGGGGAUCACAACACCACUGAUGGCAAAGAAGACUGAUCGAAGAGCUGGAGUGAUUGUGAAUGCGAGUGAGACAAAGCCAGAGAAGAAGGUGAAGAGUGUGAGUUUCAAUGGACCACCUACUCGGGUUUUGUUGCUCAGGAACAUGGUGGGUCCUGGUGAGGUAGAUGAUGAGCUAGAAGACGAAGUUGGAUCGGAGUGCUCGAAGUAUGGGACAGUUACUCGGGUUUUGAUAUUUGAGAUAACAGAGCCAAACUUCCCGCGUGAUGAGGCAGUCAGAAUUUUUGUAGAAUUUGAGAGAUCAGAACAAACAACAAAAGCAUUGAUUGAUCUUGAUGGACGGUUCUUUGGAGGUAAUGUGGUUCGUGCAACCUUCUAUGACGAGGAAAGGUUCAGCAAGAACGAAUUGGCUCCCAUGCCAGGUGAAAUCCCAGGUUUUUGACACAAUUUUCCAUGGCUAUUUCCAAAUUUACUCUUAAUUGGGUUCCCAGUUGGUUAAUAUGGAGAAGUAAGCUGUGUUGUAAGUAGGUUCAAUUUAGGGUUGGACUUAACGAGAUUAACCAUUACUUGCAUGGGUGAACUGUUACAAUCUUAUGAACACUACAACGGUUUUGCUCACUUUCUGCUCAUGAAACUUGAAUUAUUCUUAAUCGACUUUUAGUUCAUGAGAUUUGAUAAAAUUAAUGCUUCUAGUUUUGUAUUUUUA